UGGCAGCACUAUUCAGUUGUCAUCCGGGAGUGUGAUUCAUGUCGUGUUUUCUGUGUAAAAAUCUGUGAUUUUUCUGCAUUUCUCCCAUUUCUGGCUGUAUCUGAGUGCUCCAGGGAUAUUCACCAAUUCCGUGAGAUGCUCCUCUGGUCAUUAGUGCAUGCGGCAAGUUGAAAUUGGAAGGAGUGGCUCAAAGGAAUGACAUCAGUCGCGUGGGCUGCUGAAAAAAUCACUGAAAACUUUGCACACGGAAACCGAAGAAUUUUUUUACAUGUUCACUCCGGGAAAGUGAUAAGUGGUGAGGUGUUCUGAUAAGAGGGAUUCGUGUGGCGGGAGUGUGGUAUUUGCCAAGGAAACAACAAUGGAAGCAGAUGAUCGAACAAACUAUCGACGGACAGAUGUUGAUUGGUCAAGAUAUGGUUUGGGCAAUGAGGAGCCCCAUCACUACAACAGAGCCCGUCCUCGUGGCAAUUCAGGGGGUUUUGUGGAUUUAGGAGACGAAUAUCAGUACGGAGCUGGUGGACAUCAAGCUUCCGGAGCCAAUGAGAUCUUUGCCGAAGAGCAAGGAGACAAGCCAUGGUGGCGAACAAAUUUCUUCAUAUCACAGCCUGUUCUGUUUGGAACUUGGGAUGGUGUUUUCACUUCCUGCCUCAUCAAUAUCUUCGGUGUUAUUGUAUUCCUCCGCUCUGGCUGGAUUGUAGCCCAAGCGGGAAUUCUCAAUGCUGUGCUGAUAAUCAUAGCUUCCGUGUCAAUAGCGCUCAUCUCUGUCCUCUCAGCCGUUGGGAUUUGUGAGAGAUGUCGCGUGGAGAGUGGAGGAGUUUAUUUCCUCAUAGCCCACACUCUGGGCUCGAGAUUUGGUGGCUCUCUGGGGCUGCUGUACUGCUUCGGUCAAGCUGUGGGCUGUGCUCUCAAUGUUCUGGGUUUCGGGGAGUCCAUGGCAGGUCUUGUGGGCUAUCCAGGCAAUACCUGGGCAAUUAGGGGCUUUGCUGCCGGAGCUGUGCUCCUCCUAGGCAUUAUCAAUGUAGCUGGGGUAAAAUGGGUGGUUAAGCUUCAAUUUGCCCUUCUGGUUGUUCUCCUUCUCUCUGCUCUGGACUUCAUCAUUGGCUCUUUUGUGGCUCAUGAUCCGGAAAAUGGCAUAGAAGGAUUCCUCAGUGGCAACUUCCAGCUCAAUAUGUGGGCUGAUUAUCAAGAUGGGUACACAUGGUUUCGCGUCUUUGGUGUCUUCUUCCCGACAAUCACGGGAAUUCUGUCGGGGAUCAACAUGAGCGGAGAUCUGAGAGCACCUUCAACGGACAUUCCCAAUGGGACUCUGGCAGCUUUCAGCACAUCGACCGUUCUCUACUUAAUUUUUGCCCUCUUUUUGGGGGCCAUCGUGAAAAGAGAACAUCUCUUCACGGACUUUAUGAUCGUGGUAAAAGUGUCGGCAGUUCAGAUGUUGCUCCUGGCUGGAAUCUACGUGAGCAGCAUGUCUUCGUGCCUGGGAGCAAUGUAUGGGACUCCUCGGGUGCUGCAGAGUAUUGCAAAUGAGAGUGUUAUUCCUGGGAUUGGGAUACUGGGAAAGGGCAGAGGUCCGAAUAAGGUGCCUCUCUAUGCGAUGGCUGUGGUGGCCACUGUGACAAUAACUUUUAUUAUUGUGGGCGAUAUCAACACUCUGGCGCCAAUUGUGACGAUGCCCUUUCUGCUGACUUAUGCCUGCAUUGACUAUUCCUACUUUGCUCUGGCACAAACUUUUGACAUUCAGAGUCGAAGGGAGGAGAGAUUCAGGAUUCAGGCACAGAGCCCUUCCUACGAAUCUCGUCGGUAUGGGGCGACAAUGGAGGAGAAUAAUGACCUGGAUCACUUGUUUCCAGAACGCACGAGGCACAAGAAUCUGUCCUCACCGCCAAAUUCUCAGGCCAACACUCCAAGUCACAAUCAUAAUCACAUCCCCAAUUCAUCCACCACUCAAUCCAUCAAUUCCGACGUUGUCUUUCGCGGGGUCAACAGUACAAAUGCUGCAGAGGAGAGUGUUGAGGAUGAUGAGCCAAUUGCUGCUGCCAGACCACACAUUCACUCCAAGACGAAGAAUUGGUAUUCGGGCUUCUGCAACAGAUGGGCUUCACUCAUGGGAGCCGCCAUUAAGAUUCUUAUCAUGCUGCUGGUGCAUUGGAUCUAUGCUCUGGCCUGUCUUGUGGUUGUCUUUCUUGUGUGGUUCUACGUGGGAACGGCCAAUCCGGCCGUGAAGCCCGGACUGGCUCAUGAGUUUCGUUUUUUUGUGUGGCUCAAAGGAGUGAUUUUCCGGUGUUUUGGAAAACGUGUAAAUGAAUACGAGCAGAUUGUUGUGACACCUUCAUGCCCCGGCGUCGAAGUGACUCAGGCUCAGCUCAAUGAGGAAAAUGAGGAUUUUUCCUCGAGACGUCGUUACCACCAAUCAUCCGUCGUUCAGGGACAAUAUGUUGAUAUUUAGACUUACAAAAACAGUGUUUAAAUGUGUAGAAAUAUUUUCUACUGGCUGCCCAAGCAAUUUUAUAUCACGGAGUCAAUGUCCAAGGAUUUGAGUAAGUUUACUUUAGAAAAAAAUAUACUUAUAUAGAAAUUUUCGAUGAGAGAUAUUGCCGAAAAGUUGAGAGAUUAAUUGGUAUAUUUUCCUGUUUUUUUUUUCAAAUUACAAAUGAGAUUUAAUUUGAAAUAGCUUUGGAAUUGAGUUUACUUAAUGAAUUGUCACAAAAUUCUCAAGGCUUUAUUUUUGUUGUAAAGUGCCUUUGAUAAAUCCAGAGAUUAAUUCUGUUCCUUCUACUUUUCUCAUCAAGUUUUUAUAUAAUUAAGAAAAAAUGAAAUUAUAUCAAUGUCCUACAGAGGAUGAUUAAACGCAACAGUAGAUUAUUGGAAUUCCUUUCAAAGAUGCAUUCAUGGCAGCAAAACUCUAUUUUGAAUAAAAAAAAAGUGAACAUGUAUAGAUAUUUUAAUUUUUUUAUAAUAUUUAUUAAUUAAUGUAAUAUCAUUAGUAAUUUAGUAACUUUUAGAUAGAGCACAAUUUUAUCAGUUAUUUUUGUAUAUCUCUAUAAUUUUUUUUGUUUAAAUAUUUCUAGGAUUAAAUAAUGAAAAUUUCUAUUUCUAUAUUAUCUAAAAUGUAAAUAUUGUAUUGGACAAAAAAAAAACAUUCUUGUAUUUAUCGCAAUUAAUUUGACUAGGAUUUAAUCACAAAUUGAUGUAUUUCUAACUGAUAAACAUGUAACUGUGAAGAAAAAUGAAAGAAAUUUACAAUUUGCAAUUGUAGAAA